AUGAGUAAUCAUCAAAAUAAACAAAUUCGUACAAACAUGAUUUGUGAUAAUCAACAAAAUCCUUAUACAACAGCUCAGUCUCGAAUUUAUUUCAAUUCUCAUAUUCCACCUCCAAUAUCAUCCAAUCUUCGUCCUUGCGAUUCACCUGCAUCGUCUCCUCUUCGUCAUUCACAUUCUGAACAAGAUGAUGAAGAUGACUUUACAUUAGUUACUAAUAAGAAACGUCGAAAUAAUGAUAAAAAUGCUAUUAGUGAAUAUGAUCAAGACAAAGAAUUGUUGAAUAAUUAUUAUCCUAAUGUUUACAAGUAA